GGUGGGUAUACCUCUGCCUCUUGUCUUUUGAGUUUACGUUUCUAGUUUGUGUCUAUCAAUUACAUGCGAUUUUGAUUUCUUUCCCCAAUUUCACCUUUCCAGCUUUUGCUUUCUCGAUCUGAAUAAUUAUUUGUGGUUAUCAAUUGUGUAAACAACUAUUACACUGAGGUGCUUGAGCAACUUAAAAAUGGAGUUGAAUUCCAUCAAAGAUGCCUUUGACCGUGUUACAAAGAAGCAAAAACUAUCAUCCUCGAAAUCUCAAGAAAUAAUUGAACAGAUUGGGCAAGAAAUAGAACAAGCUUUAUCAAGAAUACAAUCUGGAAAAGAUUCUGCAUCUCCAUCUGAUCAUAAAUUGAUCCUGAACGAACUAAAAGCCAAGUUGAAAGAAAUGGCUCCACUCAGCCAGCUGGAAGGGACACAGAAGGAUUUAAAUAUUGCGUUGAGCAAGUAUCCGAAGCUUCUGGAUAAAUCUUUCAAUCCUGACAUUUCGAAGGCUUACCGUAAUAUUGAUUUUGAUAUCCACACUGUUAAUCAAAUAAUUGCAAGCCACUUCUACCGCCAGGGCCAAUUUGACCUUGGUGACUGUUUCGUGGAUGAGUGCAACGAACCAGAGGCUGCAGAAAAGAAAGCCCCUUUCUUGGAAAUGUUUCAAAUACUGGAAGCCAUGAAAUCUCGGAAUCUGGAGCCUGCUCUGAAUUGGGCAACAAUUAAUCACGAGCAACUGUCACGAAAUGGGUCCGACAUUGAAUUGAAACUCCACCGCCUUCAGUUUGUGGAAAUCUUGCAGAACAAGGGCAGAGAUGAAGCUCUCAAGUAUGCUAGAGCCUUUUUGGCUCCAUUUGCUGCCAAACAUAUGGCUGAAAUCCAAAAGCUUAUGGCUUGUCUGUUGUGGGCCGGUAGGCUUGAUUCCUCACCAUAUGCAGAGUUGUUAUCCUCCAUACAUUGGGACAAACUGGCUGAGGAAUUCACACGGCAGUUCUGCAAUCUUAUUGGGCAAUCCUAUGAGAGCCCAUUGAGCGUGACAAUUGCCGCUGGAGUUCAAGGAUUACCUACCCUUUUAAAGCUGAUGAACGUGAUGACUGGGAAAAAACAGGAAUGGCAGUCCAUGAAACAAUUACCCGUGCCAGUUGAUUUGGAUAGGGAGUUUCAGUUCCAUUCCGUAUUUGUGUGUCCAGUUAGUAGAGACCAAGCAAGUGAAGAGAAUCCUCCCAUGCUGUUGUCAUGUGGACAUGUAUUGUGCAAGCAAUCCAUCACCAAGUUGUCCAAAAAUAACAGCACAAGGCCGUUCAAGUGCCCUUAUUGUCCCUCUGAAGUCGAAGCAGGUCAGUGUAGGCAGUUGUAUCUCUGAUCCCACUGGAAAAUGUAAAAUGGUUGUAUUGAAGCUUUUUACCUCUUUGAUUAUCCUCCCUACCUCCACUCGGAUAACAGAUCAUAAGGGAGAUGCUCCUCCAUUGAACAUACUUCAUGAACGUAGGUAAACUGUAUCAUUUAGAUUAGAUCUUGUUGUGAUGGUAUGGUUGCUUAAUGUGUUCUGGACUGGACUUGGAAGGUUUACUGGUGGAUGAUUGUAAAUAAAUAUUCUUUCCACAUGAAA